AGAAAAAGAGAAGAAUAUAAAUAGAGUAAGGCGACCUCUGGAUCACCUCCAUCUACUAAUCAAUUUCAUCGAUUCAAUUAUUUUGCAACUUGGAAGGAUGUUUAAGCCUCAGCAAUCCCUUUCAAUUCAGUGGAAACUCAUCCUACUCUUCUCUCUCACACACCUCCUCCAUUCCUCUCAUGGUGAUGUGGGAACUGCUUCCUAUUAUGAUCCCCCUUUUUUCCCAACGGCAUGUUACGGUGACGAUUCGAGUCAGCUCCCGGAUAACAAUAUGUUUGGGGCAGCAGGAGAAGGGAUUUGGGACAACGAAGCAUCGUGUGGGAGAGAGUACUUGGUGAGUUGCUUGAGUGCUGCCAAGAAGGGAACUUGCAAGGGAGGGUCUAUUAAGAUUAAGAUCGUAGAUAGGGCGGCUACUGCUGUGAGCAAGGGCUCCAGUCCUCGCACCACCAUCGUCCUCUCACCCACAGCCUUUGCUAGCAUUGCCAAUCCUUCUGCUUCCAGGAUCAACAUAGAAUAUCAACAGGUUUGAAGAUAGGUUGAUGGUGGUUUGAGGAUUGAAGAUAUGAAGAAUUAAACAAUUCCUUUUUCUUUUUCUUUUUUUUUUUUUUUU